CGAUAGGCUGAGGCGAGGGGAAGCCUCUCCCCCUCUGAAACCUCAGCGCCCCGGCGCUGGCUCUCCAGCUGUUUGUAGGCCUAGGGGUGAGGGUCCCCGGAAGGGAGAGCCGGCUGCGGCCCCGCCCGCGCACCCGCGGGUCCGGUCGUCCGCUCCCACCGUUCCUGUGCUCCAGCUGGCACCGGCCGCCUGGCUGGUGACUCUCGAGAGGCUGCCCGCUCUUCUGACUGACAGGCACAGCUCCCACAGCCGGCGCUGCCCGCCACGUCUUGGGUCUCGGCCGACAGCACUGCGUGGCGGGUGACCUUUCCGAGCCCCGAGCGAUGUCUGCUCCCAGCUCCGUGCUGGCGCGGGUUCCUCAGCGCCGCAGGCUCGUGCGGUUCUCGACCCCGCUGCCGCGGUGCCCGCUGCUGCUGCCGCUGCUGCUGCUGGCGGCCGCGGUGCCGGCGCGCGGCUGGGAGAGCGGCGACCUAGAGUUGUUUGACUUGGUGGAGGAGGUGCAGCUCAACUUCUACCAGUUCCUCGGGGUGCAGCAGGAUGCUUCAUCUGCAGACAUCAGAAAAGCAUAUCGUAAGCUUUCACUGACUUUACAUCCAGACAAGAAUAAAGAUGAAAAUGCAGAAACUCAGUUUAGACAAUUGGUGGCCAUUUAUGAAGUUUUAAAGGAUGAUGAACGAAGGCAGAGGUAUGAUGAUAUUCUGAUCAAUGGACUUCCAGAUUGGCGGCAGCCUGUAUUCUACUACAGGCGGGUGAGAAAAAUGAGCAAUGCUGAGCUAGCAUUACUCUUGUUCAUUAUUCUCACAGUGGGUCAUUAUGCUGUGGUUUGGUCAAUCUACCUGGAAAAACAAUUGGAUGAACUGCUUAGUAGAAAAAAGAGAGAAAAGAAAAAAAAGACAGGCAACAAGAGUGUGGAUAUAUCAAAACUUGGUGCUUCAGAAAAAAAUGAAAGAUUGCUAAUAAAACCACAGUGGCAUGAUUUGCUUCCAUGCAAGCUAGGAAUUUGGUUUUGCCUUACACUAAAAGCCUUGCCUCAUCUAAUUCAGGAUGCUGGGCAGUUUUAUGCUAAAUAUAAAGAAACAAAAUUGAAGGAAAAAGAAGAUGCACUGACUAGAAAUGAACUUGAAACACUUCCAAAACAGAAGAAAGUUAAAGUUAAAAAACCAAAACCCGAAUUUCCUGUAUACAUGCCUUUAGAAAAUACAUAUGUUCAGUCUUAUGAUCAUGGAACUUCUAUAGAAGAAAUUGAGGAGCAAAUGGAUGAUUGGCUGGAAAACAGGAACAGGACACAGAAAAAACAGGCACCUGAAUGGACAGAAGAGGACCUCAGCCAGCUGACAAGAAGUAUGGUUAAGUUCCCAGGAGGGACCCCAGGUCGAUGGGAAAAGAUUGCCCACGAAUUGGGUCGAUCUGUGACAGAUGUGACAACCAAAGCCAAGCAACUGAAGGAUUCAGUUACCUGCUCUCCAGGGAUGGUCAGACUCUCUGAACUUAGAUCCACAGUUCACAAUUCCAGGCCCAUCAAGGCAGCCACUGCCUUGCCAGAUGACAUCAUCACCCAUCGAGAAGAUGCAGGAAGGGCAGUGGAGGAGGAAGAGCAGGAAGCAGACACUGAAAUGCGGCCUAGGAAGAGGAAGGCAGCCAGGCUGCUUGAGGCAGUAACAAAGGUUGAACCAGAGGAGAAGUGUAGAGGAAAGAGGCAGAAGGACUUUGACAUAUCAGAACAAAAUGAAUCCAGUGAUGAGGAGAGCCAGAAAAAAGAGAGAACUCAUGCUGCAGAGGAGCCGUGGACUCAGAAUCAGCAGAAGCUUCUGGAAAUGGCAUUACAGCAAUACCCAAAAGGGGCCUCUGACCGUUGGGACAAAAUAGCCAAAUGUGUCCCAGCUAAGAGUAAGGAAGACUGCAUCGCUAGGUACAAGCUGCUGGUUGAACUGGUCCAAAAGAAAAAACAAGCUAAAAGCUGAAUGUUCUGGAAGAUGAUAUUUGCGUUCAUUUUCCAAAAUGAGUAUUUCAAAAAUCUUAUGCAAAAAUUUGCAUUUUGUACCUCAGUAUUUCUAUACGUCACGUGCCUUAGUAAAAAAUAAAUAAAUAAAUAAUAGAUGUUG